GGAUGAAGGAAAAGUGAUUAAAAAGAAAUUGAGUAUAGUAGCAACACCAGAUCCUGGUAUCAAGCUUUGGUUACUUUGGAUACUCCCAAGGUUACAUCACCUUAUUGAUCUUAUUGAUAUAAUUGUCAUAGCACACGCAUGGAAAAAUCAAGCUCUUACUAUCAAUUAUUCCUGUUUAGAUUUUUCAGGAGUAGUUGUAGCAAAAG